AUGGGAGGUUGGAUAGGUCAUAUUGCACCAGGCGUAUUUUUCAUUAUUUUUGCUUUUUGGUGGCAUAUUCAUAAUUGCGCACGUUAUAUAAGAUCACUUGCUAAUGAAGGAGAUGAUAAAACAAAACGAGAAAAAUAUAAAUUUCAAGGUUCAACCACUUAUCCUUGUUACUGUUUACCUGGCAAGGCCUUUCGUCGUUUACCUAUUGAAAGCAUUAUUAAAGUUCUUAUUACAAUGAUUCAUUUUUUAAUCGAACUUCACCAUGGCUGGAGAAGUCAACCAAAACCUCAUAUUGAUGAUGAAAAUGCCGAUCAUAUGGCUAUGCUUUUUGGAUUUUUUGUUGGUUCUUGGGUUGAAAUUUUAGUUCAUUAUAAAUUUCCAUUACCACCACGUAUCACUCAAAUGAUGGGAGUUUUAGCUUUUGCUAUAGAAGGUCUUAUGUUCAUAUUUCAUUUACAUGCACGAAGUAUAGUAGAUGUACAUGUUCAUCAAUUACUUGGCUUGACAAUAGUUUGUUCAAUGAUUGCUGCUAUUGGAGAAUGUUAUGAUCCAAAUAAUUUUUGGUUGAUUUUAGUACGAAGUUUUUUUGCUUUAACACAAGGUACAUGGUUUAUUCAAACAGGAUAUGUUCUUUAUCCUAAAACAACAAAUCCAUAUUUUGUUUGGGAUCUUGAUUCACAUCGAUCUGUUACACUAUUAACAAUGUCAUAUGCUUAUCAUUUAGCUGGAAAUGCAAUUUUACUUAUUAUUGUAUAUUUAUUAGUUCAUAUGUUUGUAUCACGUACAAAUAAAUUAAAUUGUAAUCAAAUUGAACAUCAUGAACCUGUUGAUGAAUAUCAAUUAAUUGUUAAUGAAAAUGAUGAAGACAACUAA